CUCCAUUUCAGGAAAUAAUACAAGAUAUCCUACCUGCUCUUUUUGUUAUCCCAAUGAUUACAAAAAAUAACUAGAACAGGCCGUACCCUCACGACAGGGCCUUCAGAGGCUUCACGAAACGCCUCCCCGCGACGUUUCCCCCCGCACGGCCUCAGCCGGGGCCGCCCGGGCCGCCCCCACGCACGGGGAGCCCCUUUGCACCGCGGAGCUCGACCUCCACGGGGAGCCAUCCCACAGCAGCCAGGCGCGGGGUAAGCGCCCAGCUGCCUCUCCCGUUCCACCCUGCCCCGCUUAGAGCCCCCCAGCCAAGACGGAACCCGCUGCGCGGCUGCCGGAGGAAACCAGCUUCCUCGAAAGCAGCCGGACGGUGCCCGCGGCGGAUGCCGCCGCUCCCCGCCCCCCUCCGCCGGGGCCGGCCGCGUGGCGCAGGCCGCAGCCGGCGGGACCGUGGGCCCGCCGGCAUGGCUGCCGGCCCCCCGCCACCAGGGGUUAAGCCCCCCAGGCGGGAGCGGCUCGGCCGAGGUGGGAGAAAAUUUAGUCAGUCAGGAGUGCGAGAGGGAGCACGGUGCCAGUGGAAGCGGGAACCGCCGGCUGACGGGCGAGAAGAGCUUGGAAACGGCAUCACGCGGGCCCCCCCACGCACCCGCAGCCCCGCCAUGCCGCUGCCCCCUCAGCGCAGCCCUCGGCGGCAAGGAGGCGAGCCCACGCGCGGGCCGGGCCCGGGCAGCGUACCCGUUAAGUUUUCUGACAGAUGCCGCUUCAAACGUUAUGCUUUGACACAAGAAUGCAGGUUUUCGCCCAGCUCACGCUCUUGAAGUAAAUGCUAUUUAUUAAAAUUUGGCAUUAACAUAUUAAAAUGUCAAAAAAAAUCUUUUUUCUCUGGAUAUGAAAUCGAUGUGGAAAGUGAGUAAUGGUUUAUUAAUACCUCCAGCUGCUGCCAGGUUUUAGAAGUCUCCCAGGAUGCUCAGGUAGCUGAAC